GGGGAAGCAUGACUGAGGUGGAGCCCGUCCUGGACUUUGCAUCGUCUGGCCGCACCGGCCGAAGGAACGCCUUGCCCGACAUCCUGGGCUCGCCCGCUGGGGUCACCCCUACUGACUUGCCACUGAAACUGGCCGAAAUGUCUCUGGAUGCAGACAGGUCUCAAGAAAUGCAGUCACCGGCCACAGAGGCGCCUCCCCAGGCACCUCAAAGUCCAGAGCUGAAAGAUACCUCCUAACCCUCUCCGCGGGGAGGCCGAUGAAGC